AAUCAUAUAAGAGAUAUUAAAGAUCCAGAGCAUCAAGACCUUUCUCUAGAAGAUCUCAACAUAGUUACAGAGGAAUCAGUUGAAGUUGAUAAUGACAAGAGUUACGUUAGAAUUACAUUCACUCCAACCCUUCCACAAUGUCACUUGCCACAAAUCAUUGGUCUUUGCAUCCACGCAAAACUUUUGCAAAGCCUACCUGCUAGAUUCAAGGUUGAUGUGAUAGUAGCACCAGGGAGUCAUGCAAAGGAGGCUGCAGUUAAUAAACGGCUAGGGGACAAAGAACGUGUGGCGGCAGGAUUAGAGAAUCCCAGCUUUGUGGCUACAAUGCAUGCAAUUGUGUGAUUUCCAUCCAUCUUCUAGGAUUUACCUUUGCCGUUUUUAGUUUCUUGUGUUCGAUCUCUUACUUGACAUUCAAUUCAAUUCAAUUCUAAACAAUAGCCUUGUAAUAAUUCUUCUGUUUCUUCAAAUCUGAGAAAGAGGGAUUGGAUUGAAGCUAUAUAUAUGCCCUCGAUAGGUCGUCACCACUGCUUGAUUAGUUACCGCCGUUCUAUGAAAAUGUUAUAUCAAGAAUAAA